AUGUAUUCCACACGCUACUUACGGAGGCCAAUGUUCCCGUUCGUAUGCAACGGCGAUGCAGCCAACGAAUUCGCCAACAACAGCCCUCCUCGCAGUACACACCCACUAUUUGACCUUGGCACGGGGUUUGGUAUCAUUGAUAAGAUACUUCCAGCAGAGGAGGCAACAGAGCUUCGCACGAUUUUUACCGAUCUCUCUCGGUACACGCUUGCCGUAGAUGACUUUGUCAUGGGUCGACCAGAAGCUCUCAGUCGCAGAAACUUGGCCAACGAGAGAAAUUUAACCCAGCAUAAUUUGAUGUCAAAGUGUCCCGACUUCGAUGAUCCCGAUCAUGAGUUAUCUGAAGCUUUUUACACUUCUUGUUGGCUGGCUGCUGCUAUCUAUAGCCUGCUAUCCGUCUUUCCCAUGGCCCAAUGGAACGCACCAUUCGCAAUUCUCAGUCAAAGAUUAAAAGUUCAGAUAUCAUCAACAACGGUGCAAGAAAGAUGGAACGAAGUACCAUUACUGAUGUUGUGGAUAACGAUUAUGGGAGCUAUUAGUUCGUCUGAUUUUCUGGAACAUUCGUGGUACAUUUCAGUCCUCGAGCGUCUGGUGUAUCGACUGGAGAUAAGUUCCUGGGAGGAUGUGAAAUCAGAAUUGGAAAAGUUCCUCUGGUAUGACAACAUUAGCAGUCCAGAUGGGUACAUGAUCUGGAAAGAAAUCGAAAACUCAAGUCCCUUCAGCGCUUAG